AUGCUUCAACGUACCAAGUAUAACCGCUUCAGGAAUGAUUCGGUGACAUCAGUUGAUGAUCUUAUUCACAAUUUGUCCAUGAACAGCAAGGUCUCAGCAGUUUCUACGACUUCAACAACACCUUCGUGCCUGGUCUCGCCAGAUGUUCUCCGCAAGGACCAUGAAGAUGGACCCACCACCCUGUGCACCCUUAUCCAUAAAGUGUCCCACUUGAAACUCUCUAGCACGGGCAGCCUUUUGGGUAUCAAAAAUCUCUCCUCUGCAGUAAAGGAGCUUGCUGUCUCCAAGUUGCAGGGAAGCUCGAGUGCUUCUAGCUCAGCAGCAGGGGCUUCAGACAACACAUGUAACCUUGUCUCUGCCACUUCGUGUUCUCAGCAGGACGUGAGCAAGAUGAGUAUGGGGAAGAAAACACGGUCAGAGGAAAUACACCCGGGAGGUGAAGACUGGAAUCAAAGUAGCAGCUCUGUCAGUAAACCCUCUCGGGGAUGGCUGCACUCGAGUGAGAAGAUCCUGGGACCUGGUGUGACGUACAUUGUGAAGUACUUGGGAUGUAUAGAAGUCUUACGCUCAAUGAGAUCUCUUGACUUCAAUACUCGAACUCAGAUUGCAAGGGAAGCAAUCAGUCGUGUUUGUGAAGCCGUGCCUGGUGCCAAAGGAGCCUUCAAGAAACGAAAGCCAGCAAGCAAAGUUCUUUCUAGCAUCUUGGGAAAGAGCAACCUUCAGUUUGCAGGAAUGAGCAUAAUGCUGAAUAUUUCGACCACCAGCUUAAACCUAAUGACUCCUGACACAAAACAGAUCAUAGCAAAUCACCACAUGCAGUCUAUUUCCUUUGCAUCUGGAGGUGAUCCGGACACAACUGACUAUGUUGCAUAUGUAGCUAAGGAUCCUGUUAAUCGGAGAGCUUGUCAUAUACUGGAAUGCUCUGAUGGCCUGGCCCAGGAUGUCAUCAGCACCAUAGGGCAAGCGUUCGAGCUUCGAUUUAAGCAAUACUUGCGAUGUCCUUCUAAGAUACCUACUUUCCAUGAUAGGAUGCAGAGUUUUGAUGAGCCAUGGAUGGAGGAAGAUAACGAGGCAACAGAACAACAUGCCUAUUACAACAACAUCCCAAAUAAAAUGCCCCCUCCUGGCGGCUUCAUUGACGCCAGGCUCAAAGCAAGACUUCCCAGUGCUGCAGAUACAGCUCAGUCUGCAGCAGGAUUGGGAGGAGAGCAAACCUAUUACCAGAAUCGUCACUUAGGAGACAAAUUCAGUGAAGACUGGCAUCAUGUGCCUCUUAAGCAAGGAUCUCUGGAUAUGCUGGAAGAGAAAUCACAAGUAACCCCAACAGCAGAAAUGCCAACAUACAUAAACACCCAGCAUAUAAAUAUAGAAGCUCUACUGGCACUUCAGGCGGAUGCUGAAAGUACCUUCAGUGGAACAGCAGAUGAUACCAAAGUGAGCAGCCCAGGAAAGGAUCUGUUUGACAUGAAACCAUUUGAAGAUGCCCUCAAGAACCAAACAUCUGAGGCUGCAUUGAGGAAAUCCACCUCCACAGGAUGCACCAGUCCUCUUUUAUCCAGAAGAGCUGACUGGACUGUAGCUGAAGACCUGACUACAGAGCCGUGGUAUCAAGGAGAGAUGAGCAGGAAAGAAGCAGAACAACUAUUAAAGAAAUGUGGAGACUUCCUCGUGAGGAAGAGUACCACGAAUCCUGGCUCCUAUGUGCUGACAGGCAUGCACAACGGACAAGCAAAGCAUCUUCUUUUGGUGGACCCAGAAGGAACUGUUCGUACAAAAGAUCGUGUCUUUGACAGCAUAAGUCACCUCAUCAAUCAUCAUCUUGAGAAUAAUUUGCCAAUAGUUUCUUCUGGGAGUGAACUCUGCCUGCAGCAGCCUGCUGAGAGGAAGUACUGA